AAAAGGUAUCUUUACACCAUCUAUUGGGGACAUUGUAAUAAAAUAGAAUUAUCUCUUUUUCAGAAAAUAAUAAAAUAAAACAAAAAAGAGUUUUGUCGUUUUUGGGGGUAUAGGCAAACAUUUCCGGAUUCAAUGGUGAUUUUGCAAACCCCGAGACAAACAGAUAGACCUUAACUGGAAAAAAGAUUCAUAAGAAGUGAUGAACUAGAUACACGAUUACAAAGCGCCGCAGCCGCUUACUCUUGUACUGCAAUGUCGGAUUUGGGAAAAAAGAUUCGCUGCGGCGCCUCCUAGAUUAACCUAUCCAUGGAAGCAUUUCUUCGCUGCUUUCACCGUCUAUUUUCUUCAUCAUCAUCAUCCAACAGGGGCAAGCAAUCAAGCUCAGCAAACGACGUCGUAUUACCUCCAUCAUCAUCGAUAUCGUGGCAUGAUGAUCGGAAAGAUUCGAACUUGAUCAUCAGAGAAUUUGAUAUCACCGUAUUGAACCCCAUCAGAGUCCCUCAGCGGACGAAUCAGAGAGUCGUCGCCAUCAUGGACCCUCACAAUAAGAUUAUGCUUGACAAAGAAUUUUUCACAGAAUAUGGUGAGGCAAGUCAAUAUGAAAUUCAAGAAGUGGUUGGCAAAGGUAGCUAUGGUGUUGUUGCUUCUGCAAUUGAUACUCACACUGGAGAGAGAGUAGCUAUUAAGAAGAUCAAUGAUGUCUUCGAGCAUGUCUCCGACGCUACACGCAUCUUGAGAGAGAUCAAGCUCCUUCGGAUGCUGCGGCACGCUGAUAUCGUGGAAAUCAAACAUAUAAUGCUACCUCCUUGUCGGAGAGAAUUCAAAGAUUUAUAUGUUGUAUUUGAGUUGAUGGAAUCUGACCUUCACCACGUAAUCAAGGCUAAUGAUGAUCUCACUCCUGAACAUUAUCAAUUUUUUCUUUAUCAGCUUCUUCGAGCUCUAAAGUACAUACAUACUGCAAAUGUUUUCCAUCGCGAUUUAAAGCCGAAAAAUAUACUUGCUAACGCAGACUGCAAACUGAAGAUUUGUGACUUUGGACUUGCUCGAGCAGCAUUCAAUGAUGCCCCAUCUACUGUUUUUUGGACUGAUUAUGUGGCGACUCGAUGGUAUCGUGCACCUGAACUCUGUGGCUCCUUUUUCUCCAAGUACACUCCUGCUAUUGAUAUUUGGAGCAUAGGAUGUAUAUUUGCAGAAAUGCUCACAGGAAAACCCUUGUUUCCUGGAAAAAAUGUGGUGAAUCAGUUGGAUUUAAUUACUAAUUUGCUUGGGGCCCCUUCUGCUGAAUCAAUUUCAAGGAUUCGCAAUGAAAAGGCCAAAAGAUAUCUGAAUAGCAUGAAAAAAAAGCAACCAAUUCCUUUCUCACAAAAAUUCCCCAAUACAGAUCCAUUGGCCCUGCGAUUGCUUGAGCGUUUGCUUGCAUUUGAUCCUAAAGAUCGCCCUUCUGCCGAAGAGGCAUUGGCCGAUCCAUAUUUUUACGGGUUGGCAAACUUGGAACAUGAACCAUCUAAACAGCCAAUUUCGAAGUUUGAGUUUGAUUUUGAGAGGAGAAAGUUAACAAAAGAUGAUGUACGGGAGUUAAUAUACAGAGAGAUUUUAGAGUAUCAUCCGAAGAUGCUGCAGGAGUAUCUCCAAGGUUCAGACCAUAGUGGCUUUAUGUAUCCAAGUGGAAUUGAUCAAUUCAAGCUACAAUUUGCCCAUCUUGAGGAGAAAUACAGUAAAGGUGAAAGAAGCACUCGACUUGAAAGGAAACACGCCUGCUCCUUGCCCAGAGAACGGAUUUGUGUAUCCAUAGACGAUGAUGACGAACAAAAUUCUAAUGGUAAAACUAACACUGCAGUUUCACUUGGUCGAGCAACUCUUCAGAGCUCUCCACCAGAGAAACCGGAACCUGCAUAUGUAUAUGCACGGGUUAUUCCGAAUGGAUGUAGCAAACCAAAUAACAGUCCCAAUAGCCUACUGAGAAGCGCUAGCAUUAGUGCCCCUAAGUGGGUAGCAGACACGCAUUAAGCGAGGAAUUUGACAGUAUUGUAGGGAGCAAAAUGAAGAACCAAUCCAUAUAUUUAUCUUUGAGAUUCAGUUCCCCAUUAAUAAUAUUCUGAAUAUUGAUUGAAGAAACAAUCAACUGUGACUUUCAUCUUGUUCAAUAGGCUCAUAUGAGGCAGUGAUUUUCACAUUUUAUGAUUCUAUAUUUAUCAUUGGAAUGUAACUGAACUACGAAUGUGUUUGUGUUCACUAA